ACCUGCAAAGUCCUAAUAAUUUCGAUCAGGCUGCGUUUUGGCAAUUUUGGGCUUUGGUUUCGAGCGGAGAAGCUUGCCGGAGAGAGAGUCGAAGUUUCUUCAACCUUCGAAAAUGGCCGACGACGACUACAACGAUAUUGACAUGGGAUAUGAGGAUGAGCCUCCAGAGCCAGAAGUUGAAGAGGGUGUUGAGGUGGAAGAGGAAAACAAUAACAAUGAUGAUGUUCCGGUAGAACCACUUGAAACUGAGGACAGACAGGAGCAGGAGUCCAAAGAAAAAACUCGCAAAACAUCUAAAUACAUGACAAAAUAUGAACGUGCUAGAAUAUUGGGUACCCGUGCUCUGCAGAUCAGCAUGAAUGCUCCUGUUAUGGUUGAGCUGGAGGGGGAGACUGACCCACUUGAGAUUGCCAUGAAGGAGCUUCGUGAACGCAAGAUCCCUUUUACAAUUCGUCGCUACUUGCCUGAUGGAAGUUAUGAAGACUGGGGAGUAGAUGAGCUGAUUGUGGAAGACUCGUGGAAGAGGCAAGUUGGUGGAGAUUGAUGCUGUUUGGAGAUUGAUGUUGUUUUGCUAUGUAAAAGGGAAAUUCAAUAUGCACAUCAUGUUCUGCUUAGAUCUUAGAGAUGUUAAAUUCCAAAUUAAGUAAGACUGAUCUGAACACAUGCUAUGUUUUGUACUAAAAAAAAGCACUCUAUGUCUGCUCUGAACCACUUUUAAGUGGGACGUUAUGCAAGGCUAGCAUUAGUAUGCAUUCUGAAAUCUAAAUCUGAUCCAUGUGGUGUUGAAUCUAUUUCAAGUACAAUAUCCUGUUAUGGGC